CGCGCACUGAAAGGGGCGGAGCUUCCCAUUGAGGGGCGGAGCUUCCCAUUGAGGAGCGUGUCCUCAUGAAGCAACGCCUCCCUGCAGCCAAUGGCGUUGGCGGGCUCGGGGAUGGGGGGCGUGUCCUCGUGACGCAAGGCCUCCCUGCAGCCAAUGGCGUUGGCGGGCUCGGCGGGGGCGUGCCCAGGCGGAAGCGCGAUGGAGCCGCUGCGGGGCUGGCUCGUCCCGGCGCUGCUGCCCGAGCGCUGCUUCGAGGAGCUCGUCCUGGGGCUGCAGCUGCUGCACGUUCCGUGUCUGCGGAUCCUGCUCAGCAAAGUGCUGGGUUACGGCAUCGUGGCGGGCUCCGUCAUGGUGAAGCUGCCGCAGGUGCUGCGGGUGCUGGGUGCCCGCAGUGGGGCCGGGCUCAGCGUCCCGGGGGUGCUGCUGGAGCUGCUGGCGCUGGCGGGGAGCGUCGCCUAUGGGUGCUCCAGGGCCUUCCCCUUCAGUGCUUGGGGUGAAGCGCUCUUCCUCCUCCUGCAGACCAUGACCCUCGGCUUCCUCAUGCAGCACUUUGGGGGGCACACGGGGAGAGGGGUGCUGCUGGUGGCUGGUUACUGGGUGUUAUUGGGUGCCCUCCUCUCCCCCACGCCCCCCCCCGGGCUCAUCACCUUCCUCCAAGCGGCCAAUCUGCCCAUCAUCAUCCUCAGCAGGCUCCUUCAAGCCGCCACCAACUACCGCCAAGGCCACACGGGGCAGCUUUCGGGGGUCACCACCACCCUCUUAUUUGGGGGGGCCCUGGCGCGGGUCUUCACUUCCCUUCAGGAGACGGGGGACCCGCUCCUGGCCUUGACCUUCGCCACGUCGGCCGCCUGCAAUGGGCUCCUAUUGGGGCAGCUGCUCUAUUAUAGGGGGGGGACCCCCAAAUCUCCCCCUCACCCCAAAGUGGACUGACCCCGGAUGCCCCCCAAACCCCCCCCACAAUGGGGGGGGGGGGUAAAAAGGGGGUUUUUGUGGGGUCAAACAUCCCCUUCGUUAAUUAAAUGCGUUUUCACUGGU